GACGGAAGGAAAGCAAUCUUCGGCACUGCGCAGGCGCCCUCUGGUUUGAAGUUAGGCGGAAGCCGAUUGGUCGCUCUGGAGAGGCCAGCGAUUGGCAGGAUGACUCUUAGGAGCGGUGUCUCCAAAGGAACAGGCGGAACCUCUGGAGAAAAAAGGGCGUGAAGCCUCCACUUCCGGAAAAGAAACGGGCAAGGAGAGAGCUGCCUGAAACGGCGACAGAGGAGCACGGAUGAUGCAGGAGGACGGAGGACACCAGCGGGGAAUGGAAGGAAGCGCCGCCCGGGAGGAGAAGGAGGAGAGCGGUACCCCCGGAGCAGCUAUGCCCUGUCUUGGCGCGGCUUCCCCCGGAGACGGCGGAGAAAGGCCGGGAGGCUCCGGGGCUGCAGGAGGGAUUAUUAGCCCAGAAGGACUUUGGGAAACGCGGCUGCCUGGAGGGCGAUGCGGGGAGGAGGAAACGGGCGGACACCCCGAGACGGUCCUGGAGGGCGGGGCGUCCUUCGGAAGACCCCGGAAUCCCCAAAGAAUCCAUGAGGAAGGAAGGAAAUAUCAGUGCCCGGAAUGCGAGAAAUUCUUCAAGAGCAAAGAGCAUCUUCAGAGCCAUCUAAAGGUCCAUUCAGGAGAAAAACCUCAUAAGUGCCCGAAGUGUGGAAAGAGCUUCGUUUGGAGGAGUAUCUUUUAUAUACAUCAAAAGAUCCACAGAGGGGAGAAACCAUUUAAAUGCCUCGAGUGUGAAAAGAGCUUUUGUUGGAGGGGCAACCUUUAUAAACAUCAAAGGAUCCAUUGGGGAGAGAAACGGAAGAAAUGCCUGGAGAGCGGAGGGUCCUUCGGAAGACUCCAGAAUCCCCGAAGGAUCCAGAAGGGAGGAAGGAAAUAUCAGUGCCCAGAAUGCAAAAAAUCCUUCAAGAGAAACAACCAUCUUGAAAACCCUCUAAAAAUCGACUCAUUUAUUAACCUACAUAAAUGCUUUGAGUGUGGAAAGAGCUUCAAUUGGAGAGCAGAACUUAUGCAACAUGCAAGAAUCCACACUGGGGAGAAACCAUUUAAAUGCCUGGAGUGUGGAAAGAGCUUCAGUCAGUUGGGAAACCUUUAUCGACAUCAAAGGAUCCACACAGGAGAAAAACCUCAUGAAUGCCUGGAAUGUGGAAAGAGCUUCAUUCAGAGGAGCAGCCUUUAUACACAUCAGAGGAUCCACACAGGAGAAAAACCUCAUAAAUGCCUGGAGUGUGGAAAGAGCUUCAGUCAGAGGAGCAGCCUUUAUACACAUCAGAGGAUCCACACAGGAGAAAAACUUCAUAAAUGCCUGGAGUGUGGAAAGAGCUUCACUCAGAGAGGAGAGCUUACGCAACAUGCAAGAAUCCACACGGGAGAGAAACCAUUUAAUUGCCCAGAGUGUGGAAAGAGCUUCAGUCAGUUGGGAAACCUUUAUAUACAUCAAAGGAUCCACACAGGAGAAAAACCUCAUACAUGUCUGGAGUGUGGAAAGAGCUUCGGUAAUUUGGGAAACCUUUAUAGACAUCAAAGGAUUCAUUGGGGAGAGAAAGGGAAGAAAUGCCUGGAGGGCGGAGGGUCCUUCAUAAGACCAUGGAAGCCCCAAAGGAUCCAGGAGGGAGGAAGGAAAUAUCAGUGUCUGGAAUGUGAAAAAUACUUCAAGACAAAAUACCAUCUUCAAAGGCAUCUAUGGGUCCAUUCAGGAGAAAAACCUCAUAAUUGCCUGGAGUGUGGAAAGAGCUUCAGUCAGAGGAGCAGCCUUUAUAGACAGAGAAGGGAGAAAGAUGGGUUCUCCCUUGGUGUGGUAUAUUGGACACAGCGGUAG